AUGAGCCACAUCGACGCUUCAGGAAAAGCUGGCCCAAGCCAUCAGGCGAGAACGCAGGCAAGAGCCAAAGCCUCGGACCCCAAACCAGCUCCUAGACCAGAAGAUGAGGCGGCCUUUGAUGCUGACGCCUUCGAAGCCGGCUCUGUUCAUGGGUGAGCUGCGGAUGGAUGAAGGACAGAGGUGCAUGGGCUGUUCAGAUGUUGAUGUGUGCGCUUCAACUUUCUUUGGCAUACAAAACUUGUGCUAAACUCGCGCUCACAGAGUGUACGACGUCAUAGCACCGCAUUUCAGUUCUACGAGGCACAGCGCAUGGCCUCUGAUCCCGAGGUUCUUGGCCUCGAUGCCAGCGGGCUCCCUCGGCGCGGACGUGGGCUGCGGAAAUGGCAAAUACUUGAGAUCCGCACGAUCAGCGUGCCCCGAGUCCCUCAUGAUAGGUGUGGACAGAAGUGUGCCCUUGCUAGAGCUGGCAAAGAGCAACGUGGAGCCUGUGACCGAGAGCUCCAGCAAGCUGCGGGCUGGCCCCGACACAAAUGAGGUAUCGGCGGGCGAUGCUAGAAGCUCAGGACUUCGACCAGCCAUCUUUGUGAGUAGGCCCCACCCUCAUCUUCGUCCUACCGUUGCUCGCAGUCAGCUGCUCCACAUUAAACCAAGCGAGCCUCUGUUGCGCCACGACAGGAUUUUGCAAUCAGCAUAGCGACAAUACACCAUCUGAGCACGUUUGAAAGACGGGUCGACGCCGUCAAGGUGCGUCCACUGUCAGGCCCUUGCCAAAUCUGAUUUUCUGAGCUGACAGAUACACGCUGGUCGAGUUUCACCACAGGAAUUGAUCCCCAUUUUGCGCCCUAUACUGAGCCACGAUCCUGAUUCCAAGAUCCAAAGCUGCUUGGAUGGAGCUGAACUGAGAGAAGACACCAUCCUCGGAGGGCCCGGACAGUUCAUGAUAUACGUCUGGGCACUCGAGCAAAAGGGACAAGAAAGACGGCGCUUCGAUGAGACCGAGGUGCCAAAGGAUAGUGUGCCAGAUAAUCAGGCAGCUCUCACCUCUGCGGGAGGCAUCGCUCGGGAUCAGACUUGGUCCGAGCAGCAGGACCUCAUGGUUCCCUGGGUCUUGCAAACUUCGGCAGCCAAAAAGAAAGGCGCAAGUAAAAAUGUCAGCUUUGAUGUCGCCAAGGACACGCCGGCCGACGCUGAAGCAGUUUCAUCGCCAGUAUACCAAAGAUGUGCGUUUGCAGAGGAGACCGGCGAUUUGGUGAAGUGGAGAAGAAAGUUUCUGCUGACUAGGCUCACACUCUGCCUGCUCGCGAUGGAGCAGAUUAUCACGUCUUUCGCGCAGGGUCAGUGAGAGUGAACAGAAAGGCGAAAAGGUGCUUUGUUCUGACGUUUCAAUCUCGCUCACUUGCGCUCUUCUAGAGAGCUAGAGGCGACAGUAAGAGCGGCUGCUGA